AUGCACAUGCCGCGCACUUCCCAACAACUCAAGACUGCGCCCAAGUCUAGCUUAGUUAGGAAGCACAGGUGGAUGGUGAGAGCCAGUGCUCGUUGUGUCAGCAAGUCUCGGAAAAUAGCACCUCGCGCCUCAAAGAAUAGAGAAGACGAGCCGCGUCAUCUCAAACUUCACAUCGUUGUAGCUGGUGGGGGCUUGGGUGGACUAUUUCUGGCCAUCUGUCUGACAAAGAAAGGCUUUGACGUGACAGUGCUGGAGCGUACCCAACAGUAUAGAGCUUAUGGAGGUCCCAUACAACUCGCGAGUAAUGGUACCGGUGUUCUGAAGGCAGUCAGUCAACGAUUGUACGAUAUCGUCCGACAGAAUAGUCGUUCUUUCUGGGAGACUACGAGCGGUAUUAAGGACGGCUCCAACGGGGCAUGGUUGUUCAAGUUUGAUGCAAUAACAGAGAUACCCAAGAAGCUCCAGUUACCUUUCGCGGUAUGCGUCGAUAGAUCGGAUUUGCAGAGUUGCCUAUUGAACGAGAUCAGUGCCAUUAAUGAAGAUGAUUCAUACGGCUGUACAGAACUAAGAAUGGGAACGAAGGUACAGUCAUACACGCAAGACAAAGUUUCCGGUAAAGUUAGGGCACAACUUGUCGGCGCGGGCUACGUUGAGGGCGAUAUUUUAGUCGGCGCUGACGGGAUUUGGAGUGACGUGCGUGCCCAAAUGCUAUGUGAACCACUAAGGGGACGAGGCUCUCAGAGCACUGCUUCUCACACAGGCUUCAAACUAUUUAGCGAUCUGCCCAUCUAUGAAACUGGUGAUUUUUUUGAUAUCGGUUACUGUGCAUAUAUAGGCCCCAAUCACUAUUUUGUCACAUGCCCUGAUCGCCGUGGGCGCAUCCAGUGGUAUGCGUUCAUCAAGGGCGAACCGGAUGGUGAGCUAGUAGGAAGUCCAAAAGGCUUUUUGUUGCACCAGUUUCGAGAUUGGUCUAGCGAAGUCAAAUCUUUGAUUUCUGUUUCUGAUGACGCAAAUAUCACUCAACGAGAUCUAUGGGAUCGUCCUCCUUGUUUGAAAGGAUGGUCAGACGGAAACGUGGUACUCCUGGGAGAUUCAUGCCAUGCUACCAUGCCAAAUAUUGGUCAAGGCUGUGGUUUGGCGUUUGAAGAUGCUUUUGUUCUUGCAGACAUUCUAAGCAAUGUGCAGGAUCUAGGUGAAAUUGAAAGAUCACUAAAAACAUAUUGUGCAAAGCGUUUGGGCCGCACAGCUGCUAUACAAGGUCUUGGACGAAUGAAUAGUGAGGCCAUCAAGAUUCUAACUCCGUUACUCCCAAUAAAACCAGUUAUUGACUUCGUUGUCUCACCUUUCCUACCUUUUAUCUUCGAACUACAGUUUGGAUAUUGCUACUCAUUCUGUCCCUCGAAAGAAAAUCUGGAAGAUAGUUUGUCUAACGCGUCUAGGAUGCGAAAUCGACACGAACUUGAGUGCAAGGACACAUGGAGAGACAUGCCAUCAACCAUGCACAAAGAAAGCGAGCACUCAGUUUGA